AUGCCUCAAUUAUUUAUUGCAAUAGAAAUAUUGAUUUUGGGAGGUCUUUCAAUAAUUGGAUGCUCUUUUGUAAUAUAUUGUUAUUGGAAAUUUAAUGUGUUGAGAACAGAUCAAUUAAAAAUAGUUAUACAUAUCAUAAUAUUCGACCUAAUAUAAUAGAUUUUAUUAUUUUCAUCUGCAGUAGCAUUUCUAGUGAUAGACAACUAAGAAUUUAAAUUGAGUGAUUAUCCAAUCAUAUGUUAUGGAUAAGCUGCAUUAUUAUAAUAUUCUUUAUUGGCAAGUACAGCAUGGACAACUUUAAUAGCAAAUAAUCUUUACAGAACAGUUAAAUAUGGAGAUCGAACAUAUCGUAAGAUGGUAUAUUCGAUGAUAGGAUUUUUGUUUCCUUUAAUAAUGUCAUUAUUGUAAAUAAAUAUAAUUAUGAAGUGAUGAAGACCAUUUGCAUUUGAUGCUUAUGGAGUUUCAGCAGCAUUUCCAAUGAGCAUGUGUUCAUUUAAUUCAAAUAAACCAAAAAUUAGAUAUUUUAUUUUGGUUUUUUAAGAUGUACCUAUAUGGUCAACAUUUGUUUAUAAUGCAAUAAUAUUUACUUUAGUGAUAAAGGAACUUUAUGAUCAUCUUGGAAGUAAAUGUUUAGCAGAAAAUAAGCAAAUAUUUUUAUUAUUUUUGUAUCCAUUUUUGGUAGCUGUGUGUUGGGGAAUGGUAAAAAUUAAUAUUAGAUAGAAUAGCCAGCAAUGAUUAAUUAAUUUAAAGUAGAUGCAACAGUAUGGCCAAUAAUUUCAUUUGGUUUUGGGAGUUUAAUAGGUUUAUUGGAUUCAUAUUUAUAUUGUUAUUUAAGUUUAGUAAGGAGUGUUAAAUGGGUUGGGUUCAGUUUAGAAUUAAAAAUAGAAUCAAUAGAGAUGUCUCCUUUAAAGUGA